CAAACCAGACCAAGCAACUCCAACUGACUUCUCUUGCAAGGGAGCAGCAUUCGGUUGUGGUCAUCUCGCAGAGUCUGCCUGAAGCCUCUCGUCAACAUGCCUGAAUCUGGAACCUGCACCUCCAUCAUCAACUUGCGUUACCAAGAUGGCAGUGAGGGGAGCUCUUCCAACCCUGCCAAGUUCAACAACCAAGACUAUGAGCACCUGAAAGAUAACUGCCUCCGCAGAGGCAGACUCUUUGUGGACAGCAGCUUCCCACCUGACAACCGUUCUCUGGGAGACCUCCCUAGUUUGACCUCUUGGCAGGAGGAUGAAGUGGAGUGGCUUCGACCAGCUGAGAUCUUGAAGAGACAGAACAACAGUGAUGAGCCCACUUUCUGUAUGAAGGGAGCCUCCCGCUUUGACUUUGGUCAAGGCAGUGUUGGUAAUUGCUGGUUUCUAGCUGCAAUUUCUGCACUGACAUUCCAAAAACACCUGAUGGCUCAAGUUGUUCCCAUGGACCAGUCCUUCAAGAACUAUGCAGGAAUAUUCCACUUCAGGUUCUGGAGGUUUGGCAAGUGGGUGAAUGUUGUCAUUGACGACCACCUGCCAACAAUAAACAACAGGUUGCUGUCUGUGCACUGCAAUGGAGGAAAUGAGUUCUGGGUUCCUCUGCUGGAGAAGGCAUACGCCAAAGUGUGUGGUUCCUACGCCGAUAUGAACGCUGGCUUGCCAUCAGAGGCCUGCAAGGAUUUCAGCGGGGGCGUGCACAUGACUUACAUGCUUGGGGAUGCCCACACUGCAGGUCAUGAUGAGCAACUUUGGCUCCAACUGAGCAGGGCCACUGGGUGCAGGUCAAUGAUUUGCUGCGGGACUGCCCCAAAAGGGGGUAGACUGGUGAACACUGUGGCACACACUGGAUUGGUGGAUGCACAUGCCUAUUCUGUCACGGCUGUCACUGAGGUCGAGUAUUAUGGCUCCAAAGUGAAGCUGGUGAGAAUCAUGAACCCUUGGGGCAAAACGGAGUGGAACGGAAAGUGGAGUGACAAGUCAGACAUGUGGAACAGAGUGAGGCCAGAAGAUCGGGAAAAGUGUUUUGAUCGUGACGAUGGAGAGUUCUGGAUGGAGUUGGAGGACUUCUGCCACUAUUUCAACAUGGUGUCCAUCUGCUGUGAGAACCCCAACUUUAUUGAUGGUGACCUCACCUGCCAGUGGAAAUGCAUGAUUUAUGAUGGCAAGUGGGUGCCAGGGAGAUCUGCAGGUGGCAACGUGAACUGCAGUGAAUUUGAGACGAAUCCUCAGUAUCGCAUCCAGGUGUCUAUCAUAGACAGGCAGGAGGAAGCAGACAAAAACAUCCUGCUUUCUCUGAUGCAGAAACCUCAGCAGAUGUUUCGCAAACAGAGACAGUCCCACCCAUAUGGCCUUACCAUCUUUAAGGUUCCACCAGGGACUCCAGCAGGACGUCUGCGCUCCUCCUUCUUCCACGAAAACAGGCCUAUUAAGGACAGACAGACUUACAGCUAUGAGAGAGAUUUGAUUGAGUUGCACAGCCUGGAGCCUGGAGAGUAUGUGAUUGUUCCAUCCACCAUGAAACCCAACAUGGCCGCUGAGUUUGUCCUCUCUGUCUACACCAAGGCUGAGGCUAAGAUCAGUCCCCAUGAUGGACAUGAUGAUGAUGAUCAUGAUCAUGAUCAUGAUCAUGAUCAUGAUGAUGACCACAAAGAAGAGGGCAAACUGGUUCUUCCCGAGAUCCCCACCAAGCCUGAUGAGAACACUGAUCCCACCCGCGCCCUGUUCAACCGCUACGCUGAUCAGAAUGGUGAGCUGAGUGCCAGGCAGCUUCAGAGGCUCCUGAAUGACAACUUCCCUCAUGGGACCCGUACUGGCUUUGGUUUGGAUUCCUGCCGGAGCAUGAUCGCAAUGGUGGAUACCGACCAAAGGAUGACCAUGACCUUCUCUGAAUUCUCAGUUCUCUGGACGAAGAUUAAUCAGUACAAGAAAAUCUUCCAACAAGCUGAUUUGAACAGGAAUGGAUCCUUGUCUGACUACGAGCUCCAGAGAGCAAUUGAGUCUGCAGGGAUGAAUGUGAACGAUGGCAUGGUGAGGCUCAUGAUGUUCAGGUAUUCUGGCUUCUCAUCCACCUCCCUGGAGAGCUUCAUCGUUCUCAUGUUGCGCCUGGAAAAGACAACAACUGUUUUCAAGGACAAAUCAUCCAAUGGAGUGAUCCGCCUGACCUGGGACGAGUGGUCCAACGUCUCCUUGUACAACUAG